UUCUGUUCUGCUAAGCUGGAGGCAGGCGGGAUUCAGGGACUCAUCCUUCAGCACCAAGGACAGCUCCCGGUUGGUCUCCCUCGUGCUCUCUCCCCUUGGCUCUCUGCAAUGCCGGCCACCAUGAGCGGGUCCCAUUUGGGCUCCGUGGUCCUGCUCUUUCUACUGCUUUGGGCGGCUCACGGAGGGUUCGACGUGGCUGCCCGCUCGCCCCAGGAGUUUGCCUCCAAGCACGAGAAGGAGCUGUUGGAAGAACUGCAGAACGUGCUGGAGAAGCUCCAGCACAAGACAGUCUCCACGUGGGAAAAGAAGUUCAACCUAGUCCCCAAGUGCUCCUUCGGCGACCUGUGUGCCGUGAAGAAAGGCGCCCGUAUCGGCAAGCUGUGCGACUGCCCCCGCGGAUCCGCCUGCAACACCUUCCUCCUCAAGUGCUUGUGAAAAACCAGGGGCGGCGCUAGCCAACCGGAGAUGUGUCUCGAUACACACACACACACACCCUUCCCCAAACAACAAUUUCCCCCUCCCGCUUC